CGGAUUUGUGGUGUAUUCUAACCUUCAAACACGAUGAUUCCGGCUCAGAUAUUCCGCCUGAUUCACACAAAUGGCCUGCUCUGGCAGGUCACAAACAAAUCUCUGCUAGCUAAGCUGCGCAAGAAGACUGGCUACACAUUUGCAAACUGCAAGAAAGCUUUAGAACUGCACGAGAAUGAUUUGGAUAAGGCGGAGAAAUGGCUGAAAGAACAGGCGCAGCAGUAUGGCUGGACCCAGGCAGCUAAGUUGAAAGACCGUAACACCAGCCAAGGACUGAUCACGGUGACGGUAGACGGAAAUCAUGCCGCACUGGCCGAGAUUAAUUGCGAGACUGACUUCGUCGCGCGGAAUAAGAAGUUCCACGGUCUCGCAGAAGCAGUGAUCUCCGCAGUAUUGAAUCAUGCAAAAUCCCAGGACAUUCAGAACGAAGUACAACGAACUAUUUUCCAUGCAGACAGUCUCAAAGACCUGCUAGCCGCGGACGGCAAGUCCCUGAGCGACCAUUCCGCCUUGACUAUCGGCAACGUAGGUGAGAAUAUCAGUCUGAGGCGCGCUCUUGCCAUCAGCGUACGAUCACCGGAUGUGACACUGUUCGGCUGCACACAUCCAGCACCGAUGAAUCCCAUACCUAUAUCUUUCGGCAAAUAUGGUGCCCUUAUAGCCAUCAAGUGUAAGAAAAACGAUAAUAUGCUGGGCACACAGCUCUGCCAACAUAUCAUUGGCAUGGACCCGCAGAAAAUCGGUAAUCCGCGGGUGGACGAGCCGCAUGAUAAUAUGGACGAAGAGCAGUGCAUGAUCUAUCAGGAAUUUCUACUCGAUCCCAGUCUUUCUGUGCAGCAGUUACUAGCGGAAACGCAUGCUGAAAUCGUCGACUUCGCGCGUUUUGAGAUCGGUGAAGAACUUGACGAGGAAUCGCCUCUAAAGAGUGCUCAGACUUGCGGCUGAUGUCAAUUGCAA